UUUGCCAAAAUGGCGGGUAUUGAGGUCGAAGUCUGCUUCAGGUCACUUUAUGUUGUGCGUUUGUAAACGUUUCGCUCUUGAGAUGAAUGAUUCUGUUUAGGUUUGCCAAGUUAAUGAAGAAGUCAUGGCUACAUGUGAUUCAUGUGCCGAUCUUUAUCGUUUACUGCAAUCAUAUACUGUAAAGUGUGCAUCAGGAGAGCAAUUUGAUGUUAGAAAAAAGGAUGUCAGCGUGUUACUAGAGUUCACACAGCCACAGAGGCAAUGCAAUUGUUGUUUUAAGGAUUUAAAAAAUUUUGAAAGGUUAAACAACAUAGUUCAACUUCUACUACGAUUCGCAAUCAACUCAAUACCCAGUUUUCGCCUAUUAACGCAAGAUGAAAGAGCGUCCAGCUCCGAGAAAGAAUCCUCAGAAAGAGAAUCGAAUGUGUCAGUUCAUAAGGAAAAUGAAGUCACAAAUGUAAGCGCCGGUGAAAAGCUAACAGAAGAGAGGGAAGACACAGGAAAAGUAAAGGAGGAUGAUGGGAAACAUGAGGUGGAAAUUACCUGUCCAACAAAUUCUGAAACAAUAGAGACUGAAGGUACUGUAGAUAUUAAACAAGAUGAAGUUAGUGAUGAUGUAAUACAAGAGAAGAUGUCCUCCGAGGAAGCGAUGAUGAGGGAUGCUGAGGAAGAUGCCGAAGAAGAGAUGGAAGUGGAAGUGGAGAUUUGGGGAAUAAAGGACUAUGAAAAGUUACUACAUCUUGUUGCCAAGGUUUUUCAAAUGAACUUUGCCCUAUAUGCAGCACACAAACACAUGUGUCACGGAAUAACAGAAGAAUUAUCAUCUCAAGAGUCCGAGGCUUUAGGAAACUAUUGUGAAAUGAAUGACCUAGAAGUUCCAAUAUUUCUUCUGCGAAAUGUCUGUUUCUUCUGCGAUAGCAACGGUUUGUCAGUCAUGCAUAACUGUUUUGACGGAUCUACCCCUGAAGCUCUACACUUUGGUUUAGCGCAUGGAAUUAUUGCUGUUGUUGCUAACCUACGUAUAUGGCUUCAUAUCCAUGCUGUCAUGCAGUAUGUCGCUCCACUCCGUGCUCACGUUAUCAGGUAUCUCUGCAAAUUGAAUGACAAUGAUCUACGGCAGACCAGUGCCCGUAACAUGGCGGAUAUGAUGUGGAAUAUGAUCAAGGAACCCAUCGAAACGGCUCUACACUUCGACGGCGACAGUCUCGAGCUAGCUUAUAAAUACUUCCUUUCUUCGACAUUGACCAUGCGGCUUACAGGGUUAAACCAGAUCACCAGUCAAAUUCAUCUUUAUAAUGAAAUAUGCAGCAGUGAAUCGAUAACAGACAGUGAAAAUGUUGGAACACAACUGGCCAACUGGCUACUAGAGAAGGAGAUAGUUGAGCAUAUAUUUGGCCCUAAUUUACAUCUGGAGAUUGUGAAGCAGUGUCAAGUUAUACUGAAUUUUUUAGCUGCAGAUGGCAACAUCACCACCAAGCACAUCGACUGUAUUUGGAACACAGCGCAACUAAAGCACUCUAGUCGUUACGUUCACGAUCUUCUACCGCACUUGAUAAAACAUUUGGAGCCCAUACCGCUAUUCCAUCUAUUAAAAUUGGUCUCCAGCCUUCCACCAUCGGCUCACACUGAACAGACAUUAUUUUUGAGUCAAGUGCUAACAAAGUGCAUUUGGGGAAAUGCUCUUUCUACUCAAGUUGUCACCUCUACUCCGCAUAAAAAACCACAAGCGCAGUAUCCAGUAAUCAGAAGGAACUUGCAAGGAAUGCAUCAUGCAGGGCAUCACAGUCUGAGCAAUAGCAAUGAGAGUAUGAACACUCAAGUCAGUGAUGCGGAACAGGAAUCUCACCACUUCCAUAGGGAAGAUGAGGCAGAAGAAUUGUUAGACGUUGUAGGAAUGGAAGAAUCUACAGAGAGUAAUAAAUUAGCAGACACAUCAAAAGAUUUCUCUACUCAACCUAAGAAAUCUUCAAAUAAGCGCAGGCUGAUCAAAAGACACAGGGCAAAACAUCGACAACAAGUGCUAACACGGCAUUCAUCAUCCAACGAAUCAAAUGGGGACGAUUCUGACAACAUCGACUCUGAGAAUGAAGCUCUCGCGACUAGUCCCGAACCCAUGGAUAGCGAGAGUGGUGAAUCGAACGAUGAACAGGCUGGUAGCGAAGUAAGCGAAUUCAGCAUGGAUAUACCAUCAAAGUUAUCGCCUUCCGUGAAGGCAACAAAGGAACGUAGCCGAAGUGACGGCAGUAGCGUAGGUAGUAGUAAGCACGAGCUGGAAGAAAUUGACAGGCUACGAGAGGAAAAUUUAUCAGAAACCCCUGGAAUCAAAGUUAAAAGAGCAACGAUAAACUUAGACCAUACGUUUAGGAGACAAAGACUACAAGCAAUACGCAAGUCAAAACCUUAUAGACAAAAAGGUGAAAUUCUCUCGGACAGUGAUAAUGAUGAAGAAGAAGUGAUCCAAAAACAUGAAAAGUUAGUACAAGUUGUCCGACCGUGCAUGCAUGUGUACCCAAACACAUCGGACAUUUUAGACUCUGAUGCAGAUAAUCUAAUCAUGUUAUCAUCCCAGCGUAGAUCCUCGCACUCGGAGGAGUUUGCUGGUGAGAGUAGCGCUGAUGUUGAGGUGUAUGACUGCAGAGGUUUUAAACCAUUUCCACCUAGAAUGAGAAAUAUUGAUAUUUUGAGUCCUGAAGACAUCAGCUGCAGCAGUUCCCAGGGCAGUACAAAGUCUGAGAAGAACAUGGCAGACUUUGAUGGUGAAGAUUCAACUGGUGAGGAUGAAUUCAUCCAGCUGAAUGAGCAACUUCACCAGCAACUGCAUGGGCAGCUCACUUUACCGGAGAUUGACUCGGUAUAUGGCAAACAUACCAAAGGCUCAUGUUCUCACAGGAGUUCUUGUGACGACCAACAAGGUCCUUACAAAGAUUUUAACUUUGAUGUGGUCUGUAAAAAAGGACACACCCUUCUUUGGGACUUGGUGCAAGACCACUAUGCAGCCCAGCUUGGUGAAGGCUUAGCAGUAGAAGCAGAGAAGAUGCUUAGUACAUUAGUGUGUGUGUUCCCUGAAAGGGAAAUACGGAUGAAGUUUGUUGAAGGAUGCCUUGAUAAUCUAAAACACCACCGAUCUGUUGUUGUAUCUCUGAGACUUUUGCCAAAACUCUUCGGAUCUUUCCAGCAAUAUAGGAAUAACUGUAACACCCACUGGAUUACUAUGUGGGCUGAAGAGGAGCUUCAUAUGAUGGAGCAUUUCUUCAAUGAUUUAGUGUUUUACACUCAAAAAAUAAGAAAUGGUGAUAAAGAUAAAGGACUGUAUUCCCAUGCAACAGAAGUACAAGUCCGUCUUCAAUUCCUUAACUGUGUCUUCUCAACACUUGGAUCUCCUGAUGAUUUUAGGUUAUCUGUGGAUCAGGUGGAUAUUUUGUGGUCAUGCCUAGCAACCGAUGAGGAAUGUUCUGAUGGUGCUUUAAACUGGUUCUUAAAUCAAGCUAGAAACAAAGACCAACAGCAUCCACUUGGCCUCGAGACAUUCAAACACAUCUUUUUUAACAAAAUGCCUUUACUAGAAGCUGAUACUAUCAGUAUGACUGGGUUGAAGCUAUUCCAACAAUUAUGUAGCUUGGCUAGGCUAGCUAACUCAUCCUACGACAGUCCUGCAGUUGAGAUGCCAGGUAUUGAUCAACUGUGGAAAAUAGCAUUAAGGGCCAAGAAUACAGAUGUUAGCAUAUCUGCCAUACAGUACUUGAACACAUAUUAUAUUAAUGCUGGCAACGGCACACUUGAGAAGGAGGAGGAGUUCAUACAGCUAUGUAUGGAGAGUUUAGCGAGUGCAUCAGCCAAGCUGAAGGACUCACAAGAAUCAAGUUUACUGGUGCUACAAAGAGGUUUAAUUUUAUUAAAAACACAUUUAGAAGCUUUUAAGAAAAGAUAUUCAUAUCAUUUGCGGCAGUGGCAACUGCUGAAUAAAGGUAUCAUAAGUCACGAGAAGAACAAAGUACAGAAUGACACAGACAUAGUCAGGGUUGUCUGCCAAAUGGCUAGUAUGUCUGAAAAGUUCACUUUGGAGCUACACCUGACUGACUUGGUUGCAGACCUGAGGGCAGAGGUCACAUACUUUUCAGAACGCCUCCAGAAGCAACGAGAAGACAAGCCUCGGCAACCAAUCACAUCCACCUCACAUGGCUUUUCCAGCCUUUCCAGUUUCCUAUUGGACAACCAUGGACCGGUGCGAAUGAUCUCAGCUGGUCAUGAACUCACAUCGGAUCUUGAUGAGAAAAUGCUCAAAGAAAUGGGAUUUGUAGACUUUCAGCUUGUGUAUGUGUCUUUCGGGGCAAUACGAAGGGAACGAAAACGUGACACAAUGGAUUUACCUUCAUCGUGCCUUCCAUCACCACCACGGGAAAAGCUACCCAUGAUGCUCUUGCUGCAGGAGCCACACUUCAGCUGUCUGUUAAACCUCCUGCAACAGUUGGAAGAUAUGAAGUGUGAUUCACAGGAUGAACAGAACAAGCAGGAAUACAUGACAAGGGCGCAGGUGCUAUCAAGGAAUGUCUGGGACCUGCUAAUGCUGCUACCCACAAGUGCUGAUAUGCUGAACAAGUUUAAAAAUAUCAAACUUACUGCCAAGGAAGAAGAUACGAAUAGGAGGUUAUCUGAGGGCAGUGUUCAGUCAAGCGUGAACUGGAGCGAGUUGCUGGAUGAGAGCAAGUUGCAUAAGCUACUCUAUUCACUACAGAUCAUUGAAACUCUUGGACAACCUUCAAAAGGAAGUAAAAGAAGCAAAUCCGUGGCUGCUAUUGGUAGGACCGAUAUCUCACAACAAGCUGGAACGUCAGAUUUAGGCGAUGUACAGCACUCUAAGAGUGAUUCAUGCCUGUACAGUACUGACACAGAAGAGGAAGGUAAAGAUGUCUGGUCUUCAAUGUUUAUAAAGACAGGUGGCUUGAAACACCUGUUUAGCAUAUUUAUGUCUGGACACCUGGAACCAAAAGAAGGCCAACAAUGGACUUUAUGGCAACAAGAUUGCUUAGCAAUUGUGCUGAAGCUAAUUAAUGAGUUCGCUCUUGAUCAAGUCACCUUGGAGGUCGGACAAGACGAUGUGUUCGACAGUUUGUCAGAGUUUGACUCGCCUCCUAAGAAGCCACGGAGUGGUCGAAGUAAACCUUUCCAAGAUGAAAAGAAGUCGGUGAAGAGAUUAUCACAUGAAUUACUAGCUAUGAUGACACAGGAUGGGGUGUUGACUAAGCUGAUGGACGUUUUGUACCAAGCAGCUGCAUCGAGGGAAACAGGGCAAGUGCAAUCUGGUUACUGGGUGGUUCAUUAUGCAAUGAUGUUACUGAAAUCCUGGGGGAUGAGUAAUCCAUCGGUCAAAGGUCACUUGGUCAAGAGUCCCAACUUUGACCAAUGGCUACUACGAAUGGUAUUGAAAACACCUGAGAGGUAUGUCCGCAAUGAGGUUCGUACCGGUUUGUUUGAGCUGUGUGAGGGUAACAAGGAGCCAUGUCAGAAGUUUAUAUGGUCUCUGCUUUCUACGCUUCUCAAUUUCUUACCGGUCGCCCAAGAGAUUAAGCCAAAGAAGUUUGAUGAUGAGUAUGACAAUCCUGGGCCGGGAUGCCGGGACUAUUUUUGGUUGCUAUGCGCUCUUAUGGACAAUGUACGAAGACCAGAUGACGAUGAUGAAUACGAGAAAAUGAUAAUAAAAAUUAAUUCUAUUAUAGAGCACAUCGCUGAAGCACUUAUCAGUAGAGAAAUAUAUGAAGAUCGCCACAACACUGAUGAGGACAAAACGCUGACCGGACUGCUGAAGCUCAGUACAUCUGCCCUCAAGCAUGACCCACCGUUCAAGUUCAGCAAGGAAGGCCAGGUGUUUUUAAACAAUGUGUUUGAUUGCCUGUUUGCUGUUCCCUCCAUUGACAAUCGUAACCUACCCAAGUGCAAGUCACGGGAAGCUAGGCAUGCAGCCUUUGACUUACUAGUGAAGCUUGCCGAUAGUUGCCAGGAUAACUACACUAUACUGCACAAAAGAAUGCUAAACCAACAUCGACCAGGUUCUCACAUACCGUACCCAUGGCAGUACUGGCCCCUUGACGAUGGGCGCUCACCGUGCGGCUAUGUAGGCCUAACUAAUCUUGGAGCUACCUGUUACAUGGCCUCCUGUAUGCAACAACUUUUCAUGAUGCCAGAAGCUAGGGCCCCAAUACUUAAUGGAAAGAUAAAUGAACACACAAAGCAUAAAAACACCCUCUAUGAGCUGCAGCGGAUGUUCACAUUUCUACAAGAGAGCGAGCGUAAGACUUACAACCCACGCAGCUUCUGCAAAGUAUACACCAUGGAUAAGCAGCCACUCAAUACCGGUGAACAAAAGGACAUGACAGAAUUCUUCACAGAUCUGAUUAGUAAAAUGGAAGAAAUGACUCCAGAACUUAGAGAACUUGUUCACAGUUUAUUCAAAGGUGAAUUGACAAACAAUGUUGUGUCGUUAGACUGCCCCCACGUGAGCAGAACAACUGAAGAGUUCUUCACUGUAAGAUGUCAAGUGGCUGAUAUGAAAAAUCUCUAUGAAUCGCUUGAUGAAGUCACUGUUAAAGAUACUUUAGAGGGUGAUAAUAUGUAUACUUGCUCACAAUGCGGGAAGAAGGUCAGAGCAGAGAAAAGGGCUUGCUUCAAAAAACUUCCUAAAAUCCUAUCAUUCAACACAAUGCGAUACACUUUUAAUAUGGUAACCAUGAUGAAGGAGAAGGUGAACACACACUUUUCAUUCCCAGUACAAUUGGACAUGUCAGGCUACACUGAGGAUGCCCUCAUGGGCAACAAACCCCAAGGUCAGGAAGACAAUUUAGAUUAUCUAUAUGGCUUAGUUGGGGUAACAGUACACACUGGAACUGCAGAUGGUGGCCAUUAUUAUAGUUUUAUCAAAGACCGUAUCCAUAGCGAUGCCCAGCGUGAUCGCUGGUACAUGUUCAAUGAUGCAGAAGUAAAGCCCUUCGAUUCAACUCAGCUGGCUGCUGAGUGCUUUGGUGGUGAAAUGACAACGAAGACUUAUGAUUCUGUAACUGACAAGUAUAUGGACUUUUCAUUUGAAAAGACACAUAGUGCAUACAUGCUUUUCUAUGAGAAGAUUGAGCCAGAGGAGUCCAAAAAGAAGGCAGCAAGUGUCCUGGAUCAAGUGCAAUUAUCAAAAGAUCUUGCUCAGUCAAUCUGGCAGGAUAAUAUGCAAUUUCUUCGUGAUCGUUUCAUCUUUGAUCGUCAGUACAUGGAUUUUAUGUGGAAGGUGUGUCAUCCGCUGCCAUCAACGUUACCGCAGCCGCAGAGCUUUCAACCAAUGAGCUCCAAGCUCACCACAUGUUUUGUCCUUGAGACGUUGAUCCAUGCCAAAGAGAAGCCCAUAAUGGUGCAAUGGAUGGAACUGAUGACCAAGCAAUUCCACACAUGCGCUGAAGCAUGUGAGUGGUUCCUUGAUUUCAUGGCAAAAGAUGAUUGUUGGCCAAUGCAGAUUCUAAUCAAGUGUCCGAUACAAACUGUGAGGCAGCUCUUCCAACGUCUGUGUAUCCAUGUGAUACCUCAGCUGAGAGAUAAGCAUGCUCCUCUGUACAUUCAUGCUGAUGUUGACAGUGAUGAAGAUGGUUAUAUUGCCCCAACUCACAUCGGAAAUUGUUCAUGUGUGACAAGGUUCAUUAAAAAGCUGCUUUCAAUAAUUGAGCAUGGUGUCAGACCUCACUGUAAACAUUUGACAGAAUAUUUUUCAUUACUGUUCGACUUCGCCAAGAUCGGGGAAGCAGAGUCAGCAUUUUUACUGUCAAUAGAAGCAAUCACAAUUAUGGCCAACUUCUAUCUCGGCACCAAAUCCGCAGAAUAUGUUGAAGUGUUGUCAGAUGAUGAUAACGACGAGGAUGAUGAUGAUGAUGAUGUCAUUUCAUUAACUGAAGACAAAUAUCGGCCAAUAUCAUUUGAGAAGAUGAUCGCCCUCAUGGCUUACUUAGUGGAGCAAUCUCGUCGAGAUCGUCAACUUACACUCUCCCAAAGUGACUAUGCGGUACUUGUCGGUGGAAAGGGAUACCCUUUCCUUUAUCAACAAAUUCGAGACAACAUCAACAUUCAGCAAACUAGGAACCUGAUCUUCAGCCUGACCAGGUUCUCACCAAGGCUACCAGAGCAGAUUGUUGCUAUGAUAUUCAAUGCUAUUGCUAAACUGAAUCAAGAGGCUGGACAGCCUUUCUUCAAGUUACUAUCAAUGCUGGUAGACAUGGUUGGAGGACCACCUGGCUUACCUGCCUUCACGCCUUUGAUUCUACAGAGAAUGUGGGAGAUAGCCGAGUACAACCCUCACCAGGUACUGGACUGGCUAGCUGCCCAUGUGCCCAGAAACAAGUAUGCUCAUCACUGGACACUACAAGGCAUUGAGACGUGGAUCGAACACUUCCUAUUGGAACACCACAAUGCUCGAGUUAGAAGCUCUGCUGCCUACUUGCUAGUCUCUCUGGUUCCAGACACUCAAUUUCGACAAGGUUAUAGGUCAUCUAGAAGCAUGCAUAAUCCUCAGAAAGAGCUUGUGUUGACUACUGAAGCCCUUGAGGUAUUGCAUGAAGUCUACAGAGUUCUACUGGAACUUCUUAGGAUUGCAAGGCAGUUUGCAGAUGCAUCGGUCCAUGGAACUGCGAAAUUAGUGUCGUUUUUCUCUCUCCUCAAUUACUGUCUCAUAUCAAAAACUGAAAAGCAAAUGUUUAGUCCGUAUUUUGAAGACCUUUGGAAUAUUUACCUACCGAAGCUGUCAGAGCCUCCCAUCUCAUGCAAUCACAAUAAAGAGGCCCUGCUAAUAUUCUGGUACAAUGUUUGCAAGGACUGUCCAGAGAAUGUUCAGCUGAUCGUCUCUAAUUUAGUGGUUACAAAACACUUACCAUAUAACUACAUUUUAGCUGAUCAUGAGGAUCAGGAGGUGGUGAUGUUCAACCGAGUGAUGUUGCCGGCAUACUACGGCCUACUCACCCUAUGCUGCCAGCAGUCAAAGUCUUUCACAAGGACAUUGGCUUGUCAACAGAACUUGCAGUGGGCCUUUGAGCAUCUCACCCCACAUGCCAAUCAGUACCCCACCGUCGUUGAAGAACUUUUUAAGUUAAUGGAAUUAUUUGUAGAGAAGCGACCAGGAACAACUGAGCAAGAGCUGCAACAAAUCAAAGAGUUCAAGCGACAGACUCUCCACAUGUAUCUGAAGUGCCUUGAGAAGAACUCCUGCUGGACAACCAUCAUCAGUGUGUUCCGGAUUCUAGUGGAGAACAAAGAAGAUCACUUACUGGUCAUCCAGAACCAUGGUCUUAGCAGACUGUAUGAUGCUUUUAACACAGUGCAUUUGAUGUACCAUGAAGCCACAGCUUGUCAUGUGACCGGAGACCUUGUAGAGUUGCUGUCAAUCAUCCUGCUGGUGUUGAAAUGUGCCAAAGCCCACUCAGAUGACAAUGAAAUUUGUCAGUCUUUAAUCAUGUGGCAAGAGAGACUAGAGUUUGGACAGAAGUUGCUAACUUUGCUCAACUCAUACACACCAGAUAGUGUCAGAACUAAAGCCAUAAGUAUUUUAACACAGCUGUUGAUGCUGUAUCCCAAGGAAUGCGUCAAGGAGCUUGGUCUGAUAAUACAUCAUGCACACAACCAAUUCCAACGCACCACUAUGCCAGUACCAACAGGACCUUUCUUUCCAUUCCGUGCUCCGAAGCCAGCCUUCAAUAAAGCUGGGAUACGCCCUCCGAGGCCGGAGCUUCAAAUGUUCCUACACGCCAGUCAGCUCGAGACGUCCAAGGGAACUGAUGUUGUUUAUGACAAUAGGCUGUUGGACUUCUUUCUUCCAUAUCAUGUUUUCAUUGACUUGCUAUGCAGGACUGCAGUUGCAGAGAACAUGCUCUCAGAAACUAUCAUUAAGCUCAGUGCACUUGUGGCUUUGGAAGGAGUACCUCUGCAACUAAGCUGGUUUGCAAACUUUUGGAAAACAAUCUAUGUAACAGAGGAUGUUGACAAGGAUUGUAAGGAGACGUUAUGCAAUUACCAUGUAUUCCACGAGUUCAUGGAGUCUGUUCUACUUGAUGAACGCACCUCAUUUAAUAACCCCAUCAUCAACUCUUUCUUCUGUAUGUUCUUCCCAAAGGUAUACAAACAUGUACUGUGCAAUAACUGGGACAAUUUAGUGAACACGGUGGCAGCUGCAUUGAUAGCUGAGAUGGACGACAUCAACAAAUACAAAGCAAAGCAACUCAAUAUGGUCGCUUACACAUUGAAUGGGGAUCUAAGAGCACUCCUUCUAAUGUUUUCUGUCUCACCACCAAGACAUCUAAGCUCGGUAUUUGUUCCAGCUCUCAAACACAUCUUGGCUCGAUGCAAGCAAUAUCAACUAGAAAGAGCUGAUCAAUUGGAGGCUCAGAAAGACCACAAGGAAUCAAAAACAGACACACACAGCAAAAAUAGUACUACAGAUUCUAAGGACCAAUCAGAAUUGCCAGAAUCUGACUCAAAUUUGAAGAAGAGAAAAGCAGAAGAUGAACUUGAAAGCACUGAUGAAAAAUCAAUAUCACCAAAUGAUUCAACAAAGAAACAAAGAGUAGACACUGGAUUAAUGGAGAAUGAUGAAUCCGCUUCAGAUGAUCAGAGUGUGUCAAAGGAUGAUAAGGAACAAUCUUCAAGUGAAGAGUCUAGUGAAGAGGGAACCUCAACUGGUCUGAGGUCAAAAAGUCCCACCUCUGCAGACGUCAAGGUUCCUAAGGAAUCAUUCAAACUAUCAGAAGUUAUGAAAAAAGCAGCAACACGUUUACAAGAGAAUGUGGACAUACUUGUUAAAACAAUUGAUAAAAUGCUCUUGUUGUUAGAUAAAUGUGGUCUGAUUGAGAAAGAAAGUACAGAAAAUGUUGAUGAAUGAAGAAAUCAGAUUUACACGAGCUUUUAAAAAUAUGCUGCUUCAAUGUAUAUGCAAACAUUUAGAGGAAUUGGCUCUGCUAUGCUUUGCGGCCCACAGUUGAAGAAAAUUUGGCAGUAUUGAGGAAGUGUUCAGGUAUCUACCAGUCCUGGACUUUACUACCAUUACGUAGUCACUACAUACAUAGUUAAUUGAAAAAAAAACACUCAGUAGGCAUAUGAGGUGGUGAGUGUUUUUGAGUGUUGCCGAGAGUUAUUUCCACAACCAGGAAAUGUUCUAGACCCCAGUAAGUGAUUCAGAGUGAGUUUCUUCCAUUCCAAUUAUGUUUACUUUAAUGCAUAUUCAUGCCAAUAUUAAUUUGCAUAGAAGUGAGCAGUAAUUUUGCCUUGCUUACAAUUUCUGUGUUAAUGUCAUUAGCUUUCAUAUCAUCACGUUUGAGGUAGGCAUAUUAACUAACAUUAAGCCAACCUCCCUAAAGUCAAAUGUACUGGAUUUAUUGUGUGGUACAAUAUAGUGAGGAUAAGUGUCAAUUUAACACAGGUACUGUGGCAACAUGUAGCAUCAACACUUGUGGGGUCAGAAGGUGUAACACAGGUACUGUGGCAACAUGUAGCAUCAACACUUGUGGGGUCAGAAGGUGUAACACAGGUGAUGCAUCAUUUGAAAGCAUGUGGUAUAAGAAAAUUUGACAUGUUUUGUGGCAUUAGAAAUUGUGGCAUGAGUGUAACACACAGAAUACGCCACUGGUAGUGUAGCAUGAGGGAGUGCAUCAGAGAUGGCGUGUCAUCAGAGGGUACAGCACAGGUGAUGUUGUUUUGGUGUCAUAGUGGUAGUUUAACAUGGGUGGUGUGGCCUCUGCAAGUUUAACUCGGUGAUGUGGCAUCAACAAUAGUUAUCACUCACUUGUCAUUGAACAGAACCUUGAAAUAUGACAUUGUACUACUUUAAAAACUAUUAGGCAUCUUAUGCUAUUGACAAAAUGAAGGACUAUUGACAAUACUGAUAAUUCAUUUAAAAAAAAGGUGUUGGUAAUUGUCAAGUCCAUUGUGUGUGUAGUGAUGCCCAUCUUAGUAACAUUGUGGGUGUGCAAUCCUACAAUUCUGUAUGUUACAUAAAGGGAGUACAAGAGGAUGUGUUAUUGAUUGUAGUCUAUGAGAAUGUUGCAUACAUUUUAACACAUUAAGAUCAGAAUAUUCGUCAUGAAGAACUUAGUAGGCGAUUUUGUUCAACAUCAUAUUGAUGGAUAGUAUUGUUCGUAUUUUGCUAUAUUUGUAAUGCUUUUGUAAAUAAUUGUAAUUUACAAAAAUGUGUUGUGAAAAAAUAUAUAUCUUGCCAAGUAACACAUUAUUCCUUGAGUUCAUAAAAAAGAAAUGACUGAUUUUGUUUUUAAAUACUUGAAAAUAAGUUGCUUGGAAAUAGUAUGUGUCAGCUAUCUACAGAAAAAAAUUGAGGAUGUAUAUGUACAUUAUUUUAUGCAAACACUUGAAUGUGUCACCUGAAUGGUGGGGGAAAGCGCCUAUAAAUAGGUAGAGGUCAAUGGGAGGGAGUUAGGAGGGGUAAAAUCUUCUCAUUAGCUGGGGGUAAUGGGGCAUGCAGCGGGGGUACUGUCUCAGUGGUGGUGAAGCUUAACCAUUUUAGGUACUGUAUUAAGAGGAUUAAGUUAAUUGAUUUUAAGAUGUAAUUCCAGAAAUAGAAAACUUUUGACCUAUUUGGUGCUGUGUCUAGCAAGGAUUGUGAAUCCAAUGAUUACUAUCCCAGACACCCAUACCUAGCCUAUGUUAUUUCUGCAGACAUACAGUUUAUUGAUACUGUAAUACUGUUACUGUAUAUCUGUAAAAAUGACAAUAAAAUACAAAAAUGAAUUCAAUAAUGCAACAUAAUAUGAUUAAAUAUAAAAUAAAGUCUUAUUAAAUA